GUUUACCUGGUGCUGACGCUCAUGUUCCCAGACUGUCGUUCUCUGCUGCUCUCACGGCUCCCAUGGACCGAGCGGGAACCAUCAUCUUCGACAAGAUCUUUGUCAAUGAGGGAGACUUCUAUGACCCGAGAACAGGUGUCUUCACUGCCCCUGUAGAUGGUCAUUACUUCUUCAGCGCUGUUCUGACGGGUCAUAAGAAUGAGAAGAUCGAGGCAGUGCUGUCCAGGUCCAACUAUGGCAUGGCCCGGGCAGACUCUGGAGGCUACCAGCCUGAAGGUCUGGAGAAUAACCCUGUGGCCGAGGCCAAAACCCCUCCGGGGUCUCUGGCGGUCUUCAGCAUCGUCCUGCCUCUGCAGACCAGGGACACGGUCUGCGUGGACCUGGUGAUGGGUAAACUAGCUCACUCUGUGGAGCCCCUUACUGUCUUCAGCGGUGUGCUGCUGUACGAAGACAUGUGAUCAUUUUAGACUUGUGUAAAACCCACAGACGGCCACACUGUAACAUAUGAUGUCACUUCCUCUUUACGACCCUGACGUCAUGACAGAAUAUUUUAACUUUGACCUGAUGUCCGUGUCGAGAAUCCGACAGAUCACUUUGUUUUAGGACAUUUUUCAGACACAUGGAGAACAGCAGGUCAUCUUAAUUCGGUCAGCUGACCUGAUGAGAUCAUAUGUCGUCACUCCAGACGUGCGU